AUGGCAUCCAAUUCCAAUUCCAGUUCCAAUUCCAGUUCCUCCCCUACGAUGCUGACGAAGUUCGAAUCAAAAUCAUCCAGAGCAAAGGGCAUUGCUUUCCAUCCUAAACGACCAUGGAUUCUAGUUUCUUUACAUUCUUCGACCAUUCAGUUGUGGGAUUAUCGUAUGGGAACAUUGAUUGAUAGAUUUGAGGAGCACGAUGGACCAGUUCGAGGAAUUGACUUUCACAAAACACAACCCCUCUUUGUCUCGGGAGGAGAUGAUUACAAAAUUAAGGUCUGGUCGUUGCAAACUCGCAGAUGUCUAUUUACCUUGAAUGGUCAUUUGGAUUAUGUUCGCACAGUUUUCUUUCAUCAUGAGCUUCCUUGGAUCAUCUCCAGUUCAGAUGAUCAAACUAUUAGGAUAUGGAAUUGGCAAAAUCGCUCUCUAAUUUGCACAAUGACUGGUCACAAUCAUUAUACAAUGUGCGCUCAGUUCCAUCCGAAAGACGACUUGGUAGUAUCUGCAUCCCUUGAUCAGUCGGUUCGAGUUUGGGAUAUUUCUGGCUUGCGAAAGAAGCAUUCGGCGCCAACAUCGAUGACCUUCGAGGACCAAAUGUCGAGAGGGAACCAGGCUCAGGCGGAUAUGUUUGGAAACACCGACGCUGUGGUCAAAUUCGUGCUCGAAGGUCACGACAGAGGUGUCAAUUGGGUAGCUUUCCAUCCAACAUUACCGCUGAUUGUAUCUGCUGGUGAUGAUCGACUGGUGAAAUUAUGGCGAAUGAGCGAAACGAAAGCGUGGGAAGUCGAUACCUGCCGGGGACACUUUCAAAAUGCAUCAGGAUGCUUAUUUCACCCUCAUCAGGACCUGAUCUUGUCAGUCGGCGAAGACAAAACUAUCCGAGUUUGGGAUCUCAAUAAACGCACAUCAGUGCAAUCAUUCAAGCGGGAGAAUGAUAGGUUUUGGGUCAUUGCAGCUCAUCCUGAGAUAAACCUUUUCGCUGCUGGCCACGAUAAUGGUGUCAUGGUAUUCAAGCUUGAGCGAGAACGCCCAGCUUCUGCCUUUUAUCAGAACAAUCUCUUUUAUAUCACUAAGGACAAGCAUGUCAAAUCUUAUGACUUCCAAAAGAACAUCGAAAGUCCAACACUCUUGACUCUAAAGAAACUCGGUAGCCCUUGGGUUCCACCUAGAUCACUCUCAUACAACCCAGCGGAACGAGCUAUCUUGGUUACUUCUCCUGCAGAUGGCGGUUCAUAUGAACUAAUCAAUCUCCCUCGAGAUGGAGCUGGUUCAAUGGACUCAAAUGACACUAAGCGAGGCCAAGGUAAUUCUGCAGUUUUUGUAGCGCGAAAUAGAUUCGCCGUCUUCAAUGCUACAACUCAGCAGGUUGAUAUCAAAGAUCUCGCAAACACUACCACUGAGACCAUUAAGCCUCCAAAUGGAACCACCGAUAUCUACUUUGGUGGAACUGGUAAUGUUUUGUUGAUCACAGCCACCGCUGUUCAUCUAUAUGACAUUCAGCAAAUGAAAACCACUGCUGAACUUGCUGUCUCGGGUGUCAAGUAUGUCGUCUGGUCUAACGAUGGUUUAUACGCAGCUCUUUUGAGCAAACAUAACGUCACGAUUGUUUCGAAAUCCUUAGAACAAAUUAGCGCCCUUCACGAAACCAUACGCAUCAAGAGUGCAACCUGGGAUGAUGCAGGCGUCCUUCUUUACUCGACAUUGAACCACAUCAAAUACACCUUAUUGAACGGAGAUAAUGGCAUCGUCCGCACCCUGGAUCAAACAGUCUACCUCGUCAGGGUAACAGGACGUACUAUGUACUGCUUGGACAGAUAUGCGAAGCCAAAGAUUUUGAACAUUGAUCCUACUGAGUAUCGUUUCAAGCUCGCCCUUGUGAAGCGAAACUAUGAAGAGAUGCUGCAAAUCAUUAAGAACUCCAGUCUUGUUGGUCAAAGUAUCAUUUCUUAUUUGCAGAAGAAGGGCUAUCCAGAGAUUGCUUUGCAAUUCGUGCAAGAUCCACACGCACGAUUCGAAUUAGCAAUCGAGUGUGGUAACUUGGAAGUCGCCGUAGAGAUGGCCAAGCAAUUAGACCGACCUAAGUUGUGGUCAAGAUUAACAGCCGAGGCCAUUGCUCACGGCAAUCACCAGAUUGUCGAGAUGACAUAUCAGAAGGCACGACAAUUUGACAAAUUAUCGUUCUUGUAUCUAGCCACUGGAGACGAGGCAAAGUUAACGAGAAUGGCCAAGAUUGCAGAACAUCGUGGUGACUUUACGGCUCGCUUCCAGAACGCGUUAUAUCUCGGAGAUGUUCAGGACAGGAUACAGAUGUUCAAGGAAAUCGAUCUUUAUCCACUUGCCUACAUGACCGCAAAGUCACAUGGCCUGGAAGGUGAAUGUGAAUCCAUACUAGAGGCUACAGGCCUCACCGAAGAACAAAUCACACUACCCUCACUCGGAUCGCCACUUACUCCUCCUAAACCUGUCGUUCCUACCUUCAAGGCAAACUGGCCAACCAAAGCAACUUCGCAAUCAUUCUUCGAGAAGGCUCUGCUUGGUCAAGUCGAGGAUCUCUCCUUAGAAGACGAGCCUUCUGCCGCUGACAAUGGACUCGGGUUCGACGAAGCUGUAGUUCUAUAA